GACCUAUAUAAUAACCCCGAAAUGCGUCCUUGAGAGUGUAGACUGUAGAGGAAUGUUACCACCGCCGCCACACGUGUUCCGUUCCCGUCCUUGUCCAGUGUCAAGCAUGUCCACGCCUCCCCGCCCUCCCACGCCCCCUCUGCAGUAGAAAAGCUGUGGUGUAGGAAGGGAGCACCAUGAUUGCUGGGUUGUCCCCAGUGACCCAGGCCCUGCUUGGGACCCUCUUCACCUGGGGGCUCACUGCAGCAGGCUCCGGGGUGGUGUUCUUCCUGGCAGGAACCAAGAGGAAAGUGUUGGAUGGGAGUCUUGGCUUUGCUGCCGGUGUGAUGACGGCUGCCUCCUUCUGGUCCCUCCUGGCCCCUGCCAUCGAGCUUGCCGAGACAUCAGGGUCUUAUGGAGCAGAAGGAGAAUGGGCUUUCCUGCCUGUUGCCUUUGGGUUCCUCCUCGGGGCACUGUUUGUGUAUGCUGCCGAUGAGUUUAUGGGUGCAUUUGGCAUCCAGUCCUCCAAUGUUGUUAUGGGUCUUCAUCAGAGCAACAAGAAAACAGACGAUGGAGGUUCAUACGAUGGCCACACAACUCACCGCUACCCAGACAGCUCAAAUGUCAUUGGUGUAGGACAGGGCUCCAGUUCUAAUGCUUUCACCUUGAUCAACUUCAAUGAGGUGAAGCAGAGGAGGGGGGAGGCGGGGAGCAGGGCCGUGGGGGGCGGUCUGGAGGAUGAGGAGGACCACCACUACAGCAAGCCUGGCAGGGGUCACCUGUGGCGGCGAAUACUCCUGCUGAUCAUUGCCAUCACCGUGCACAACAUCCCUGAGGGGCUGGCGGUUGGGGUCGGCUUUGGGGCAAUUGGCAAGACACCUCUGGCAACCUUCAGCAAGGCCAAAAAUUUGGCAUUAGGCAUAGGAAUACAAAAUUUCCCCGAGGGCAUGGCAGUGAGCCUGCCACUCCGAGGGGCGGGAUACUCCGUGUGGUGGGCAUUUUGGUACGGGCAGCUGAGUGGGAUGGUUGAGCCUGCUGCCGGCAUCCUCGGGGCGAUGGCAGUGUCUAUGUGUGAGCCAGUGUUGCCUUAUGCCCUUGCCUUUGCUGCGGGGGCCAUGAUCUUCGUGGUGGUGGACGACAUUAUCCCAGAGGCACAAAUGGGGGGCAAUGGACGGCUGGCGUCGGGCUGGUGCAUCGUGGGGUUCAUUGUGAUGAUGGCCCUGGACGUGGCCCUCGGGUAAAGUGCCAGGGGCAGCAUGUGUGUGCAUUAGUGAGUGUGUGUGUGUAUGUGUGUACACAUCAUGAUGGCAGGCCUCGGUAACAGUGCAUUUUUUGUAAUAAGAAUGUAAAACUACUUUGUGAGGAAAGUAGAAAAUAUUUUGUGAUUCUACAAUCUCUUCAAAACACAAUCACACGCAUAACACAUCAUCAUGUAGCACUGUACUAAUAGUGUCCAGAGCUUUUAUACCUAAGGUAAUUAGAGGGAACUACUAUAUUGGCAUGAAAAAGUCACUUUGACAACAUAAGGAUUGUGUUUCUAGCAUUACUGAUGAUUGUCAAGUACAGAGGUUGUAAAAAACAGACUUUACAGUGUUGAGUUGCAUAAUAUCACUGUUUGCUAGCAAGGGAACUGAAUGUGUGAGAGGUGGUGCAUCUCUCAGUGGUGUGGAAUGCCGUGCCUUAGCAAUGUACCACUCUGACACCAAACCAAUAAGGCAGGAACCACAAGGGCCCAUCUGAUUCUGAAACCAAGAAUAUUUCAAAACAUUGACUUUGAUUACAUGACUUUGUUGAGAAAUGUGGAAAUAGUCAAAAGGGGGUAAUGAUAACAGCUGAUUCUCCAGGCUCAAACAUAGCCCAGUCAGUUUCAGGCUGAGCAAAGUGAUAAGUUGCCUGCAGGCAACAGAUAUGGUCCCGUACUGUUUGACACCAUUGGCAUUAAUUUUUGUGCUUUCGCUAACACCAAAAGCCAUUAUCAAGCACAAUAUGUACGGUAUGAACACAAAUGAUUUCUUGAUGAUUUACCGUCGACCUAGUACUCAAUGGAUUUUAAAAUUGUGACUUUCAAAAUAUAAUUUUUCUCUUGACAUCAUCAUGGGCACAUGUACACCUGUGAGGCUCUGAGCUUCAUCUGAGUGCAUAAUAAAAAGUUGUUGGCUGUGAUACAACUGAACUUACUCUUACGUUCAUGCAGUGUAGAGUUUUUGCCUCACUCAGUUCAUUUCAGCAUUUAUUGUGUGCACUUUUUAGAUUAAGACUUGCUGCUUGUUGUUCCCAGAUAUGUUUGGAUAGACGUGUGUAGAGCAGGUGUAGGUAGCUGAUGGAAGGGGAGGAAGGGUCGUGAUGCCUCCUGGUUGAUUUAGGCUUUUUUCUUUAUUCUAUAACACAUUAUUCAAUGCUAGAAUAUUAUUUUUAUCAUUAUAAUUCCCAUAGGAGCUUGUUAAGGGUGUAGCAAAGCUUUAGGAGGUAAGGCUUUAAACUCAGGAUUGCUUAGUUGAUUCUCUUGUUCCUACAUUCCUACAUAACAAAGAUGAAUGGGACUUUGUUCCUCCCCAAUGUUUGAUCAGUGCUCUUUGAUAGAUCACUGUCUUUCUUGCUCUGAUGAGAUUGUGUUAAUUUUUCAUGCAAUAUUUGAGUUUCAUUGCAUUGUAGUCCUGGUCAUCAUAUUAAUUUACGCAUACAUUAUCCUGGUGCUGGCUAUGAUGCACUGAGCUCAGCCUUGCUACUGAGGUGCCCAGAGUCGAGGAGGGACAGUGUUAUAAAAUUGGGAUGAUGCUCUUAAUGUAACGACAAGAUCUAGGCAUAAGAAAAUAAUUAAUAUGUUGCACUGCUGGUACUGUGAGGGUUGGGUUUUUCUUGUCACAAACUCUAACUCAAAUAUGUAGUUAUGUAUUUUGCAUAUAUUAGCUACACUAUCUGUUAAAUUUGUUACCUAUCAUAUGACAAACUUUAUUAAUAUUUCAUCUCUUAGCUCUAUACAGUCCUUAUUGAUUUGUCCAGUAUUGGAUUCUUUGGUUACUCUCAAAUGAAUGUGAUGAUAAUUGUACUGGUUUAGUUAUGGUGGGUGAUCAGUGGGUAACCUCAACACAUGGUUUGCUUAGAUGUGUUGCCCAAUGUGCUUCAGUCAGUGAAGUAGGAAUCCUGCAGGAAAUGUAGAGAGAAAUAUUUAAUUUUGUUAUGAUUUAAAUGAUUUAUGGAACUGGUUUAUGUUUACAAGAUUUUGUUUCUGUUAGUUGAGUUGAAGGAAAAAGUUGCUAAAUAUGUGUGUGUGUGUGUGUGUGUGUUUGGAGAGAGAGAGGGAGAUUUUUUUCCUUGUGCACAUGUCAGUCUUAUUCACCAUUUUAACAUACUGCAGCCAUUUCAGUUUGCCUACCUACCAUCCAUUUUCCAGAUAUCUCCUUCAACUGUCAUAAUAAUUCCACAUGUAAUAGCAUGUACCUCUAGCAUAAUUAUCCAUUUCAUCAUCUAGGUUUGCAGUGGUCACAGUUGUCCUCUUGCAUACAUUCCUCAGAAGUAUGGGCAGCUGCUGGGGGUGGGUUCUUGAGGCCGUAUUGUUAAGUGUAUCGGCACCUCAGUUCGCCUGUUUGAAAAGCCCCUCGUAGAUGUUGCUGGGAGUGUUUUGGGAACCAUGUAAGUUGCUGCCAGGAACUUUUUUUUUCUCCUAACUCCUUCAUUUCUAGUGUCUCAAAUUUGUUACUGAUGGAGUUGUUCCUUAUUUAUUUAAAUGUUAUUCUAGAGUUAGAUUUGUUUUUUGUUAUUUAUCUGCAUAUUGAAUUUUAAUUAGCAGUGAUUUGUUAUAUAUAUUGUGUAUGUAUGUGUGUGUGUGUUGUUGAAUAAAAAUGAUAAUUAUGUGAUGAUUUAUGUAAAAUUUGCAACUUAAUGAAAUGCAUAGCAUUUAUAUUUUCACCUUGCUCCUCAAUAACCUCCUGGAAGAAAGAAAAAGAAUACAAGGUGACUGACAGUUUUGAAAACUGUGUAGAACAGGGUGAAGAAUGCAAAUUGUCUUUGGGUUAACUACUGUUGUCUGAUUGAUUAAAUUUGACAAUUGAA